AUGGCGUACGAGGCAGAGACAUUUGCUGCACAUGCUCGUGUUUGGGAAUCCGCCUGGAGCAAGACCUGGGGCUACUUCACGGACACCACGUCGCUGAGUUCCAUGCAAUUUACGCACUAUGUACCUGGACGCAUCUCAGACAAUCGUGCUGGGUCUACUCCAGAAACCUUGCAGGUUUUCUCCAUCAAACUCGCUGAAAUAGCUGGGGCUCUCGCCUGGCCAUUGUCUGUCUAUGGUGUGACUGCUGUUCGGGACAUCGCGGAUCAUAACCGUAACCUUCUCUUCUCUUGCGAUAGGAGCGAGGCCCAAGAACUCAAACAAGAUGAUUCUUUUUUGCGCUUAAUUGGGCCAUCACGUGCAAUUGUGUUAACAGACAUAGUUGACAUUGAAAUCCAACUGAAAGUGAAAGGUCCGACAAUGUCUCAAGAUAAAGCAUUGAUCAGCUAUGUCGCCAAUUAUAGUGGAGGAGGUCUUGGCGUAUCGACCCUUUGCAUUGAUAAUUGUUUAUGUACACUGGAGUUAUGCUUGCAGCGUGUCAAACGAACAGUCCAGGCUACCAUCUUGAGUGUCCGAGUUGUCAAGUGUGGUUCAUGGCCGUUUGAAUAUGGUGGCCGAGUUGCUUGCUCCUCAGCUUCACGGGAAACGGUGGUCACUGAUAGUGGAGUCACUUGUGCUAUUAAUCCCUCAUCUAGCCAAAUUGUAAUGCUUGAAUCAAAAGAUGGAGCAAUGCUGAAAGGUCUUAAUGGUCACAUAUACCUGCCGAGGCAAGUUGUUUCUGUAGAAAUUGAAGGAGUGUUGGACAUUGCCAUAGAAGCCUACACAAAAUCUGGUGAUAUCGGUGCACAGGGUCGUAUUUGUUUCGCGCCCCAGGUUUGCAACAUAAGCCAAGAUAAAUUUGCCAUUGCAGAUGUUGAGGUGAUGAUUACGAUUGCUUGGUCCCUUGUCCCUACAAGCAAAAGGGAAAUUGUGGCACAACGACAGUUUGUCUAA